CGGUGAUGGAAGCGGUAUUCGGGUGAACGGCGCCUGGGCCUCUCCUCCCGGGGCCGUCUCAGUCGGUCACGCCGGUAAGAGACCACCGUCCAGCCCUCAUCCCUGCUCCUGCCGUACAUUGUAUGGCCGUGUAAAAAAAGCAAGUGGAACAGAGAAGCAGGCAGCCUGGCUCUUUAUAGAAGGGGAGGAGUGGGCGUAGCCUGCCAGAUUUUGAAAGAGGCACUGCCGUUUAACCCCUUCAGGUCUGCCUGAUGCAUAAUAUGAAAAUUGAUUUAUUUUUUUAAUUUUUUUAGGUGAGUUCCGGGUUUUAUUCUUAUUCUUUCAGGUAAGUAUUGUUUUUCCAGGUGAGUACCAAAAUUGUGUUGUAUUAAUUUUGAUUUUUCUCUUUUUUUCAGGGCAGGUAAGUAUUAUUUUUAAAUUUUAAAACAGGUGGAUAAGGUGGGUAAUAGGUUAGGUCAAAGGUCAAGCUGGGAGUUCAAUCUGGUUAGGGUUAGGAUAAAUGUUCCCGGUUAGGGUUAGGGUUAGGGCUAGGGAUUAGGGUUAGGGUUAGGGCCAGGGGUUAAGGGUUAGGGUUAGGGUUAAGGUUAAGGUUAGGGUUAGGGCCAGAGGUUAGGGGUUAGGGUUAGAGCCAGGGACCAGGGGUUAGGGUUAGGGUUAAGAUAAGGGUCAGGUGUCGGUGGGAGUAUAUAAAAGAAACCGGUGAUAGUUGCUGUUCAUUUUUAAAGGUCAAAGGUCACAUCAGAGAAGGUCCCACACCAUCCCCAAAAUCAGGAGGCGCUGGCCGGUUAGGACAUGGAGAGUGGGUGAGACUCGGCACCGCGAAGCGGUGUCGAGUCUCUAUGCACGGGCCAUCCUGUUCUGGUUCAGGUGAGUCCUAUUUUAGAUUGAGACCUUUUGGAGAAAUUGUGCCUAAUUUUUUUAUCCAUUCUCUCUCAGCUCGGGCUCUCUGUGUGUUGUUCCAAUUUGGAUCCCUCUGGAGGACUGUGGCUCGGACAGACGACCAUCCAUGGGAGACAAAAUGGCUGACAAGGGGUGGUGGUAUCCAGGAAGUCGACCGACGUGGUGCUGGUGGUGGAUUUCAGCUUGAUGGACGGGUUAUGAUUAUUCAAGGAUGCCAGGGCAGAUGUCUCCCACUCCGCCAUGAAAAUGUUUGCGUAUGCCGUCCGACACUAUGGGCCUCCCGGGCGGAAUCUCAAAAGGAACACUCCACUUUGAGGGCUCCUUGUGGAUUUUGGGGAGGAGAUAAAAAAGUCUGGGCCUCGGGAUCGGGUUACCCACCAGAGCUGCAGUUUCUUCGUGACUCAGAUUGGCUCUGGGUUCGGACGGAUGGAAAUGGUUUUCAAAGUCUCCUGAUAGCAGGAUCUGGCGUGGUGGGCUGUGCUAUAGCCCGUUUAGGCCGUAGCUUCUCAUCCUGGCUGGAGUGGCCUGGGUGGGAGGGGUGA